AUGAAACUUCUUAAAUUCGUGAACUGCGACGCGCCGCAGACCUUCUCGGGCGUGGAGCUCACCUCUCAGCGGCUUUCCUUCCCCAGCUCCACCUCCCCUGCUGGGAAGGCAAAGGCGUGGUCGCUCCAACCCGCCCCCGCGACCCUAAAAGGAGGGGGUUAUUGGCUGCUCGACGACGACGGGAAACCGAUUGGGGUCCUCGACGAGGUUCUCCUCGCAAUCCCGGAGGAAGGGAAGGAAAUCGCCACGAGCAGCUCCCUCCCUCGCGGCGUCAUCACCCCACGGGAUAUUCAGGAUCUCGACUUUCGGAGUAAACUCGGCCGACAGCUGGAGCGCACCCGUGCGGAGUACGGGGUAACAUAUAAGACGGCCGCCAAGUCCGCACGGGCGUUGAUGGAUACCGCGGAGAUUAACGAAAAGCGCCAGGAGCGGAUGAAACGCGAGCGCGAGGCCGUCGUCGAGGCGAUUGAAGCCGGAGAAUCAGUGGUGGAUAAAGCCAAGACAAAGCGCGUGAAAUCGCAGGCAAAGUAG